AUGUUUGGACAACCGCCACGAUCAGAUUCGGAUUAUUGGAAAUUAGUUCAGCAAGCUGGUAUUGAAGAUGAAGAAAAUCUUCCUACUCUAGUGGGUGAAUCAAAGGAUGAAUUAAUCGAUAAUACACUUGAUAAUUCAAAUAAUUUCGAUGCACAUACUGAUUUUGAGAUAGUGAAUCUUCUCAAACAAAUAUCAGAUAAUGUUGAGUCUUAUUCAUCACCUGAUACACCGUCAAAAUCAACUGAUAUAUCAUCAACCGUAGCAACAACAUCAACCACACAUGAUUCGAUUCGCAAAACUGGUACCAAUCAUUACCUGUCAAGUGCUAAUAAGAAAAUGAAAUUACAUCAAGAUAGUUUAAAUGUUAUAGCAAAUGACUUUAAUUUAAAUGCUUGCGUUGCAAUUGCAAUACACCCAGUUGAUCGAACAAACACUAACCAAAAAUAUUUACCAUGUCUUAUUAUUGAAAAAACUGAAAAACAUGAUCGUUUUUUAUAUAAAUUAAUAUGUUAA